AUGCUUCGGCUGCUGCGUCCUCACGUCCAUUUUCCUCUGCGCCGUCACGCGCGCUGCAUUUCGUCCAGCUUUGACGCUCGCCCCCAUGAGCUCAGUGCGUCUGGGCAACCGGGCCGUGUGCUCUUCGGCGCAAAAGUUGCGGCAAAACAGCUUGGUGCAUUAAGUCGCGCCAGUGGUAUGCGGAAGGUGCUACUGGUGCGCGACCGCGACGCUGCCGCCGCCUCACGCACUCAAUACGCCGAGUUCUUGCUGAUGCAAGCUGGUGUGCCCUGCUUCCAGUACACAUUGGAGCGUGACUGUGCCACACUCGAAGGUGUGGAUCACGCAGCCGCCACAGCUCAGCGUGUGGGCGCCGACGGAGUCGUAGCCUUCGGUGGUGGUAACGCUAUGGACACGGCGCGUGCAGUAGCUGUCGUGCUGGCCAAUGGAGGCAGCGCAGCCGACUUCGUGACCAUCAGGGGCGACGAUGAAGACGAUGAAGAGCUUAAGUUGCAGCAAGGGAAACUGGACACCACGCCACUUCUGCUGGUCCCGACCAUCGCCGGAUCGGGCGCUGAAGUGGCCAGGACCUCUAUGUUGCUGGAAGAAGAUGCAGAAACUAAGUUGCUCUUUGCGCCCGGGAAAGAGAUCGUGCCCGAGGGCGCGUUGACAGCCUUGGGGCAGUGUCUGGAGAGCUAUUUGCUGGGCUGUGCGGACGACGCGACCAACGAGUUGGUACUCGAAGGACUGGAGGCUGUGGCGGGCGCUCUCGCUGCUCCAUUGAAAGAAGGCAAGCUGGAUCUCAAGGGUGCUGUGCUGCGUGAGCAAUUCGCUAUCGGAAGUUUGUUAUCGGGAAUUGCAGCCAACUCGUCGGGUACAGGAGCGGCACAGGCCUUGGCCGUGUCAAUGGGCGGCAUCUCGGACCUGCCACACGCUCAGGUAGCCACAGCGUUUCUGCCGUUCGUGUUCGAUAGGUAUGCGGAGCUGGCGAGGGAGAACGAGGGCGAUCCGUUCUUUGACGAGCUGCGUGAGAAGCUGGAGAACGCGGCCGACCGACUGACAGCUGCGAGCGGCUUCCAGGGCGCCGAUGUGGCUGCUUGGCUGCGUUAUGUGAUCACGCGCUUUGAUCUGCCCACAGCAUCGACUCUUGAGCUGGAGGGAAGUCUUCUGAACGGUCUAGUGGACCGAGCUGCUCAGUACCAGGACGAAUCGAUGGAAGUUUCCCGCAGCGACGGCAACGGCGCAAUCAUGGAGAAGGACGACUUACGUGCGAUCAUCGAUGCUGCUGUACUAGUGGUGGAGCCUACACAGGAAGAGGAGAAGUGAUGUGAAAUUUAGACGUACUAACGAAUGGAGACUCGAAUGUCUUAACUUCUGCUUCGAAAA